AAAAAGAUCUGAAUAAACAGUUGAACAUAUAUUGUCCUAUAUUUCAGAAUUAAGACGAGACAGUGGACAGCUGCUUGCCUUUGUAUAUGACUAACGUUUAAAUGUUAGUCAGGUGAAAAUUUAAAUAAAUCAAUCCUCACCUCAGUGAAUUUGUCCUUUCAUAUACAGUUUUAGACAGGAAACGUAAAUUUUCAGACACAUUUUUGUUUCGUCCGGCAACGGACAUGACGCAAACCUCUGUCAACGUUUGAAGACAGCGGGUCUUCCGCUUUCUGUGACGUCAGAAUCAAACAGACAAGAUGGCGGCGGCGUUGGAGCGCAGCAUGAUGGAGGUCUGCGGGUUUGAGAGGGAAAGCGUUCAGCGAUUCAAGGACGUAUCCGUGGACAUGGGGAUUUCUCCUCUUCCUGGGGGCCUUAGGUUUCCUGACAGCGCUGGAGCAUUUCACUAUGAAGAAAGUGCUAAACUACAGUCGAUCACCAGCAACAGAUUCAUACACUGGUCCACUUCAGGGGACACCCUGCAGCUACUUGAACAGUCUCUGGACCUGAACCUGCUCAACAAUGCUGUCAGAGUCCGCUUCACCAACUGCACCCUUCUGCCUGGCGGCGUGACCAUCUACGAGACCUUGAACUAUGUGAUCAUCCUCAUCUGCACCAAUCGCAGCAUCCACAGGAUGGUGCUGCCUCAUCCCACACGCAUGUACCGCAGUGAAGUGCUGACAGAAGUACAGCUUCAGUCCAUCUUCACUGACAUAGGGAAGUUGAGUCUGCAGGACUCGGCCCACAGCGCCAUCAUCCCUGUCUCAGCAGGACAAACAGGAACUCCAGCCACAUCAACCUCCUGGAUAAGUCAAAAUGGACAUGCUCACUAUGCCCUGGCUUCACCAGCAGGGGGCCUCAUUGUACUGACUCUGCCACCCCAUGAUGCACCAGGCAGGCUGGUGGUGGUGGAGCUGAAGAGAAGUUCCAUGAUGAGGAAGAUCUCCGGCUGGAUUCCAUCAGCAAUUCGUGGCGAGCAAAAUGCGUCUGACCUGGUGGUGGGGCUGGCCGUCCACGAGCUGGAGGACGACUCUUUCAUCUUCUCAUUAUGUCAGGAUCACAGGCUGCGGACGUGGUCUCUCAGGGAUCAGGUCUGUCUCCUGGAGCUGGACAUGUUGGAUUUCAUGCCAGCCAUUAAAGGUGCGUCACGGAUGUCUGGUCAAGGUCAUCGCCUCCGCUUGUGCUUCUCCAAUACCACGGGGCUGUGCGUGUGUGUUUACCUGUCCACACCUCAGAGUGGACAGUUCACCGUCCUGCAGCUGGUUGCUGCUGAAAACAACCGCUACAGCCUGGAGCACGUGUCUACGCUCUUUACUACACAGGAGACCAUUGUGGAUUUCCAACUGACAGCCACGGACAUCUGGGCUCUCUGGGUGGACCAGUCCAAUGCUGCUGUUGUCAAAUACAUCAACUUUGAACACAACAGUGCAGCUCAGUGGAACCAGGUGUUUGUUCAACCUCCACCUGACGAGGAGGUUCAUGUGGGCGUGGACCAAGACCCCAGAGAGACCUACCUGGAUCUCCUCUUUUCUCCUGUGAGGUUCUCCGCUGCAGCCAUUCUGAAGGCUCUGCAGAUCUACCGGCAUGGCUCUGAACGACUCUCUGAUGUAUCAUGGGAGAAUCUGAAGAAGGAAGUAACGGUAUCUGUUGAGAUGGAGCUGCAGAGCAGUGUCACAGAAUUUGAGUUCUCACAGGAGGAGUACCGCCAGCUACAGGUGGAGUUCUGGUCCAAGUUCUACUCGGUGUGUCUUCAGUACCAAGAGUCUCUGUCCACGCCGCUGGGUCUAAGCAUCAGCAGCCAUACAGGCCUCGUCUGUCUGCUCAAGAAGGGUCUGGUGUCGUUCCUCCUGCCGUGUUUUGCCGUGGACCAUUUGUACCUCUGUGGAGACGAGAGUCUUUUUUCCGAGGAUGAGACGACGGUCACUGAAGAACCUGAGCUGGCCCGAGAUGUUCUGCAGCUGGUCCGGUGUCUGCGUAUGGUCAGUGGCGCCAUCUCUGGUUCAGCUGCUUAUGAGAUGGAACAAGUUCUGGAACAUCUGGAGCCUCCAGGUCAAGCAGCUGAAGUGGUUUUAGAGAACCUGCUCUCUGACAGUGACACGAUGGAGGAUGUUCAGAACAAACUGCAAGACAUCAGGAACCCAAUGGCGGCGAUGAUGGUAUUGCAGAGGGAACUGGACCUGGAGACAGAUUCUGACGUCACAGAAAGAGUUUUCACACAGGGAGGAUUGAACCUCAACACCAGAAUCGGUUUGUCCCAGCUCUACAGCAGCAGCUUGUCCGUGUCCCUGGUCUGCCAGGCCGUUGCUCACGUGGCCAUGACCAGAACUUUGCUCUGCCGAGACCUUCUGAUCCUACAGAAGCUCUACCUGCGCUGUGGAGACAAUGUAUUUCUUGGGGGUGGGGCCCACCUGCUGCAGCUUCAGCAAGAUCUGAUUCCUCGCAGUGCUCAGCUCCUCCUGUCUUACCAUGUUCUACGACAUGUGAGUCAGAGCCUGGUCUCCUCCAUCCCCGUGGACAUCCUCGAUGCUAACCUGCAGCAUCUCAGCGUGUUGGAGCUCAGUGACACACCAUCUCCAUCCACCAACAUCUCAGUUCUAAGUCCUCAGACCAUCCUAGAAUUGUUCUACCAGACGGUGGCUCGGAAGCUGAUCCUGAGUCAGAUGGACUGUGAUCAGCUGGUCUGGAGUCACAUGAUCUCCAGUGUGGUCCACCUUCUCGCUCAGCAGCUGUGGCCCAGUAACCCUGGGUUCCAGUUCCCUGAGUGUCUGAUGACCAACUGUCAGUACUCACAGCUCCAGGAGUACGUGCGUCUCAUCGCCCCCUGGUGUCAGGUCAACAUUGGUUCCUGUCACUUCAUGCUGGGUCAGUGCUACCUGGCGAAUGGGGAGGGACAGAAGGCACUGCAGUGUUUCCAGGAGGCAGCAGCUGAAGUGGAGAAGGAGGAGUUUCUGAUGAAAUUGGCAGGAGUUGAGGAUGAGGAUGGCGCCACCUCAGCCAGGUUACAGUACUACAACAAGGUUCUUCGUCUGUUGGAGGACGUUGGUCAACCAGAACUCGUCAUCAGUUUAUCCUCUCUUGCAAUAAAAGAGGCUGAAAAUGACAUAAAUAGCCAGGCGGCGCUGUGGACAAGGAUUUUCAAACACCACUUGGAUCUUGGACACAACAGUGAAGCCUACGAAGCUUUGAUCCAGAACCCAGAAAGCAGCAUGCAGCUGGACUGUCUCCGUCAGCUAGUCGUGGUUCUCUGUGAACGCUCCCAGCUCCAGGACCUGGUCCAGUUCUCCUACGUGAAUCUUCAUGAUGAGGUCGUUGGCAUCAUUGAGUCUCGGGCCAGAGGUUUGGACCUCCUGACGCACAACUACUACGAGCUGCUGUACGCAUUUCACAUCAACAGACACAACUACAGGAAAGCGGCCUCAGUCAUGUGUGAGCUUUCUCUACGUCUGACCCGUGAGGUCCGGUCCGUGGCUUCUCUACAGAAACAGGUCAACUGUUUCCUGUCGGCUCUGACUUGUCUCCGUCUGAUCCGACCUGAGUUUUCCUGGAUUGUUCAGCCCGUCGGUGGAGCCACGUAUGAACGUGCAGGAACAUCUCCAAAAAGAAACAGUGACGGAGAGUUCCCUCCUGAACCAGUGAAAGGUCAGGUUGCUGUCCUGGAGAUCAAGGACCUGGAGAAACUCUACUUCCUCUCCCGUAGCCGCCUCACACUGGCCAGACACCAUCCACCCUCAGCUGCAAUCGCAGGAAGUGCCUCAGCACAGGAAAUGGUCUCCUUAUUGGUCCAGUCUGGACUUUUUGACUCAGCUCUGUCUCUGUGUCAAACCUUUGACCUGGACCUUGACCCUGUCUUUGAGGGUCUGACCUUCAAGUGUAUCAGACUUCAGUUUGGGGGAGAGGAGUGUCAAAGUGAAGGCUGGAGCUGGUUGGCUGAUAAUCAGCUAUCGCUAGUCGUUAACACUAAAGAGUCGAGUGCUGCAGAUGAGGCCUGGCGUCUGUUGUCUUCGUAUCUGGACAGGUUUCCGUCAUCUAAUGGUCGGUUCCAUCGCUGCGUCAUUAACAAGCUUUUGUCUCACGGUGUCCCUCUUCCUGAUUGGCUGGUGACAUCCUACAAGUCCGUAGAUGGAGCGUCUCUGCUUCGUCUCUACCUGAACUUUGACCUGCUCGAUGAUGCAGCUGACCUGGUCCUGGAGUAUGUGGAUGCUGUUCUGGGACGAGGCCAUGCCUACUUUGGAAUAGAGCGCCCCCUGUCUGCGACAUCUACGUCUUCAUCCUCGUGGCUUCCUUACACCUCCAUUGAUCAGCUGAUGCAGACACUGGCCGACACCCAGAGCAGCAGCAGUGUUUACACCAAGGUCCGAGAGAAGCUGGACCAAUACCACCACCUGCUGGAGCAGACGACACGGCACCGGCUCAGCUGUAGAUAAAAUGAAAACUUUUUUACUCACCAUUUGUACACAGGAAAAUAACAAUAAACAUUUUUCAGAAUUUUUUUUUUUUUUU